UUGCAGAGUAUCGUCUGCUAUCAUCAAAGAGACAAUAAAACAAUUUCGUUGAUUCAAAUCAUCACCUUCGAAGUGAUCUCAGGUGGUAAUGAAUUCUUCUGUGGCUUAAUUUCAGGGAUGUAACAGUUGGGGUAGACCAUGUUUGCGCUUUAACGAACAACACCGGAGUCGCAAUGUGCUGGGGAUUGGCUGGAAAUAGCUUCCCCUCACCAUCACAAGAUGAAAACUUUUUGUCUAUUACAUCUGGGGAAGGAUUUUCUUGUGGGAUUCUGAGCAGCAAUAGUAGGGUUCGAUGCUGGGGGAGUGAUAACCCAUCUGCUACAGAUCUUGAAUACCAAUUUAAGGAUUUCUCAAUGUACAGUUUAGUUGCAGGGAACUCUCAUGUUUGUGGAUAUAACAUGGAUGGGUAUCUCAUUUGCAGAGGAAGAAACGAUACAGGGCAAUUGGGGAAUCCAGACAGAUUUUCGAAACCAUUCGAGUUUUCUGUGUUGGCAUUGGGUAUAAUCCAUAGUUGUGGGAUUAGAUUAUGGGAUAAAGAAGUUGUGUGUUGGGGAGGAAAAGGAGAAUUUUCAAGUAAUGUGACAAAGGGUAUUUCAUUUGAGACAAUUGUGGCUGGUACAGGGUAUACUUGUGGAGUAGUAAGUAAUGGUUUCAAUUUGAUUUGUUGGGGAGCUGUGUGGAAUAAUGAGAAGGUUUAUGUUCCUAAUUUUCCUAGGAUUGCUCCAAGUCCUUGUGUUCUUGAUAACUGUCCCUGCAAACCAUAUGCCAAUUCCGGAAAUAUUUGUAUGAGUGGGCUUACUAUGUGCAUGAGAUGCUGUCCUAAGAUUUAUAUUUGCUUCUGA